AUGGCUGCUUCGCGUGGGGUGCCGCCAAUGCGGGUGCUGGAGGAGGCGCUGGGCAUCAGCUUCUCGCCCACGGACGACACGGCAGAGACGGGGGCCGCCUCUGCCGGCGAUGGCGCCUACUACCUGGAGCAGGUCACCAUAACUGAAGCUUCUGAAGAUGACUGUGAAUAUGAAGAGAUACCAGAUGACAAUUUCAGCAUCCCUGAAGGAGAAGAAGAUCUGGCAAAAGCAAUUCACAUGGUUCAAGAGCAGGCUACAGAUGUUCAGAUUCUGGAGCAGAAAACAGUUCUUCCUUCAAGGCAUGUAGCGCACGAAGCCAUAGAAGACUUUCUCUGUAAUUUCCUGAUCAAAAUGGAAAUGUGCAGAACCCUGGACUGCUUUCAGGCCGAAUGGUAUGAAUUAAUACAGAAGGGAGGGAGUGACCUCAGAGCACUCAGUAAUGUUCCAGAUGUCUACAACCAGGUGAUGCUUCUAGAGAACGAGAACAAAAACCUGAAGAAAGAUUUGAAACACUUCAGACAGGCAGCUGAAAAGGCCAAAGAAGAUCUACUGAAAACUCGGAAGGAACGGGACUUCCAUCGCAUGCAUCAUAAGCGCAUAUUGCAAGAAAAGAACAAACUGAUUGCUGACCUCAAAGGGCUGAAACUGCAUUAUGCAUCUUUCGAACCAACUAUUAGGGUAUUACAUGAGAAGCAUCAUGCUUUAGUGAAGGAGAAAAUGCUGACCUCCUUGGAAAGAGAUCGAGCUGUUGGGAAGAUUUCUGGGCUUCAAGCAACACUGAAGAACAUAGACAUAGGACAUAUUCAGGUCCCUGUAAUCAAGGGUAAGCAUGAAUCCAGUGCUAUAACUCACAAUCUGGGAGACAGAGCUACAAUUGGUCACAGUUGUGAGAAAGAAAACAAGCCUGAAGGCCCUACUCAGAAAUGUCUUCGUGAAGGCAGAGAAGAAAAUGGGACUAAACCAAAAACGAAGAGCGAAAGAAAGGCCUCCUUCAACAGAAUCCAAGAGGGUGCUAAUAUGGUCAGUACAAGAUCAUCGCUCUGCCCAACUCCAUGCCUCCAUCAGCAGGAGUGGAGAGGGAACUCUCAAACUUGGAAUAAGACCAUGCCUCAGCAGGGUUCCAUUUGCAAAAGACAGCAGAGUACAGGGAUACCCAGAAUAAAGCCAUCAAGGUCAUCUUGUCUCUAUCAGCCAGAGUCAAAUGGAAGAUUCUGA